GAGGCUCAGAGUUGCGUGCGAAGAGACCGGCUUGUCAUUCAGAGGAAUCCGCCACCUGAAACGCGAGGAAACGAAGGCGACGCAAUUGGGUAUAAAACAUGAACCACAUCUGCCUCGAGCUUUGCACACUGAUGAAAGCCUCAGUUUAGGACAGCUCAGAUCGGCACUGCUCAACCCGGCAGAAUGAUAAAACGUUAAUUCAGCUCCGAGUAAUAAUAAUUCUUCAGUUGCUUUGAAUGACACGUCUUAUAUACUGGAACUAAGAAAUACUGGUGGAGUGUCCUGCGCACCUGUUACCUACAAAGAGCGCAAGAUGAUCCCACCGGGGGACUGCAUGUACGCCGGUCGGAAAAGGAGGAAGCCCAUUCAGAAGCACAGAAAACCAGCCCCUGUGACAGAGAAAUCCAACCCGUCCAAACGCCACAGAGAUCGUUUGAAUGCGGAACUGGACAGACUGGCUAGCCUACUGCCUUUCUCUCCUGAAAUUAUCACCAAACUGGACAAGCUGUCUGUGCUCCGUCUCAGCGUUAGUUACCUUCGCGUCAAAAGCUUCUUCCAUGCCAAUCAGGAGAAGCCAUCUCGGAGGCACAUCAGCCCUUCAUCCGCUCAGGAAGUCAGGAAGGAGAGUGUGUCACCCGCACCCAGCAUCUCUGAGAGUGAGCUCCUACUGGAGUCCCUGACUGGCUUUGCUCUGGUUGUGAGCAGUGAUGGAAUGGUCUUCUAUGCUUCCUCCACAAUUGUGGACUACCUGGGCUUCCAUCAGACUGAUGUGAUGCACCAGAAUGUCUUUGAAUACAUCCAUGUAGACGACAGGCAGGAGUUUAGGCGACAGCUCCACUGGGCCAUGAACCCUUCACAGCAGAUGGCCUCUAAUCAGCACCUGGCCUCAGGAACUGGUGAGGAUUUUGUGGUCAGCAGCUUAUUCCACUCUCAAGAGACAGGUGGCGUUCCUCCAGAAUUUUCCUCCUUCCUUAAUCGUUGCUUCAUCUCGAGAGUACGUUGCCUCCUGGACAGCACCUCAGGAUUCCUGACAAUGCAGUUCCAGGGGCGUCUGAAGUUCUUGCACGGCCAAAAAAAGAAGACGGCAUCAGGCACCCCUCUGCCACCACAGCUGGCUCUGUUCUGUGUGGCCGUGCCUCUGCUUUUGCCCUCCAUCACAGAGAUGAAGAUGAAGAGUAUGAUGAUGAGGAGCAAGCACAAAAACACAGACAUGAACAUGAUCACAGCAUUAGAUCAUAGAGAAGAGCACUUAAGACGACAGUCAGCAAUGAAUGAAGGUGGAGACACGCUUUUGAUUAAUUGCCCCACUCCUACCACACGCCACCAUACCCCCUGGGCACCUCUUUCUAAAGACAACUUCAAGUACAAGAUGGAGGACUACUACAGCCAAGAGGAGCCUCUCAACUAUUGCAAGUCCACUGUUGGUGGCCAGAAAGUCCGUCACAUGGACACCAUGUGGCCCCUGAGAGCCUCUUGUGGGUCUGUUCGCACGAAUCAUGGAGUAAACUUGUUGCCGAGCGGCAAACUAGGCAAGUACAGUCACUACGGGAAGCCCUACAGAAUGUCCCCAGGUUAUCACAACAACAGGGCAGAACAUUAUGUUCCAAAGCUCUAUGGAAGUCUUCUACAACCAGGAGAAGUGGAUGGUUGUUAUGUGGAGAGCAUCAAGAGCGAAAAUGGCUGUUAUGAAGGCCAAGGUCAAGGCUAUGAUGAACGUGUAAUUGGUGAGUUUCCAGUUAAGGUUGAGCAGGACUCUGACUCUGAAAAUGGAUGUGAUGUUUAUGGCAGGCCAUGGACAAUCAGAGAGGGUUAUCCAAACUCUUACGAUAGCCUACAAAUGAAAGCAGAAGAUAGCUACUAUGAACAGUACUCACCCUGCCAGAGGGGCAAAGGGAGUAAUGGCCAGGUAUACAGCGGCCACUAUCAAAAUGUCUGCGGUAUAAAUGCACGGCUGCCAAAAUGUGGGUUCAAUAAAGAUCUAGAACCUCUCAGCCCCCAGAAGCUGGGACACCCAGACCCACUCUGCAGCAGCCAAAGCACUAACUGCAUGGACAGCUAUGGCGGUGGGCCUGUAGAACACAAAGGCUACAUGCAGCAGGAUUACAAACUUGGAUAUGAGUUCAAAGGGCAGGGUCUGCUUCACUCCAUUAAGCGUGAGCCCAUGGAUUCUCCACCCUGGCAUGACGGCGAACAUGACCAGAUGGGCGUACAGAGGAAUAUUAUGCCAAAUUGCAUAAUGAAUGGUGGGCAGCCCAAAACUAAUCCAUAUAUCUAUAUGCAAUAGUGCAUAACUAUUCAGAUCACAUCCCUCAAGGUCUGGGUAAUACAGAUUUACCACCUGCCCUUUACCUAGGAACCAGGUGUGUUAAAGUGGACAACUAGGUUAACUGACUUUCCAUACUCUGCCAACAAAUGUUCAUACAUUCUAAUUUCAAAUCAUGUUUAUUUUGUAUUCAUGUGAAAGUGGACACGGUUUGGAUAGAUUGGAUGUAAUAAAAAAAAAAAGUGUAAUCAAGCUAAUGAGACAAUGGUGGCAACAUUGUCAUCAUCGUUUCCUAGUUGCCUAGAUUUGAUUAGCUAAGUGAUUAGCUUUUUUUUACCUUGAAAACUCAACAUUAUGUAGUGACUUUAACAAUGAGUGCCACAAUUUCUCAUCAGAUUGAAGGGACCCAGCUAAGCAUCUGUGGGCAGAGCAUGCAUAGGUCAGUUAACUACUAGAAAUGACUUAAUUAAGGAAUUGAGGUCUAGAUCCGAAUACCUCAGCAAUAGUGGAACACAUACUGGAUGCUUGUCUGUUGAAGUGAAAGCUACCUCUUUUAUCAUCAACUAACAAGAUGCUUAAACCAAAGGUUUACCACGACAGCAUUUUUAAUUAUGACUUGUUAGCAAACACUUGUAAUGAAGAACCCAUUUUUUAUUGACCCAUACAUACUAUAUUCGCAUGAAAAGCAAUAUUUUCAGUAGCCCGGCUAAUACAGACAAGCAUACAGAACUAAGCCAUUUAUACGCACACAUUCUUUACAUUUCAGAACAUGGCUCAGGGGCAGGGAUAUUUUGUGAUAUUGUAGUAAAAGAGUGAGCAUCAAGCUUUCUUUUAAUAAAAAAAAUUUUCCCCCACAUAUUUUUAUUGUAUGCACUUUUGAUAGAAUGAUAUCCUACUAUUUUUCUGGCUCUCACAUUAUGUCUGUGUUAGUAUUUGUACUAGUUUUAUACACUGUGAUGUGGAAAAAUGUCUUGCAAAUAUCAAGUUUUACACUAAUGUUACCUGGUAAGGUGAGUAAUACGUUUGUGUGUUGCAUGCUCGCUUUUAAAUAGUAUUUCAGGCAAAAAAAGUUCUGAUAAGUUUUAAAGGUACUAAAAAACGUAAAUUGCUAUUUAAUUUCCAGAUGGAAACUUUGGAGACCAGUGCCCUUAGCCCAAUGUAUAUAAGCUGCCCAAAGGCUAAAACGAGAGUAAGGGUCAUUGCUAAUGCUAUUCCCUGCCAUUAAUGUUAUUUUUAUAUAUAAUACUGUAUAUCAGCACAUUAAUAGUCCCAACUAACCCUACACGAUUAUCAUAGUGAUUAGACACGCCCUCCC